CCAUCCAUGAGGCAUUGUGCAGUGCGGGGUAAAGUUAUUGGCAAGUAAGUUUGUUCCUUGACAGCAUGUUUGUAAUUACACUUGUAUGUUUGAUAUUAAGUCUGUGAUGUUGUUAAUGACCCGCGAUUGGCCGCGAGCAUUCCGUGUGAAACAAGAGUGAAAGUUGUCAUCGUUGGCAACUUGUUUGUGUUUGAUUAUGAAUCAGUAAACUAUAUUCCUGAUGCUGAUAGUCAUUGCUGAUGACCAUAUUUAGUCUUAUCAGGAUGUACCAGAGUUUGCUCUGGUAUAAAACCAACUAUCGGUCACACAAACAAGAAGGAACAAGAUCAAGACUCGACUCUUUCCACUGCAUUGACAUCUCAAAACAUGGAAAACAGCAGUUUUGGGCUUAAAAAUGUGACUGGAAACUCAACAGACAAGAGCACUGUGGAGAAGGGAUUUGAGAUUUUUCUUAUCUGCAUUUUCUCUGUAACCUCUGUAGUGGGUCUCAUUGGAAAUGGGCUGGUCAUAUUUCUGGCCGGCUGCAGAAUGAAGACGACAGUCAACUCCAUUUGGUUUCUGAAUUUGGCGAUUGCAGACUUCAUCUUCAUUUUAGUUUCAAUCACAAGAGUUUCCUUAAUCUUGAGCAAUCAGCACAGUGCCUUCACAGAGUACCUUUUCUCCAUCACAACAUCUCUAAAUCUGUUUGUUAGCGUUUGGUCUCUUGCAGUUAUCAGUCUGGAUCGAUGCCUGUGCACAUGGAUGGCUGUUUGGGCUCUAAAUAACAGAACUCUGUGUAAAGCCAGAAUCAUCUGCAUCAUCAUCUGGGUUUCAUCCAUCGGCUUCAUUUUCCCUUUCUUCAAAGUUUUUAAGAUUACAGAUACAAUUCUUGUCACAUAUGGAUUUAUAGUGAACUUUCUCAUCCCCUUCUUGAUCAUUGCAUCUUCAUACAUCGCUAUUGGAGUAAAAAUCAAACGCCUCAAAAUGAGGAAGCAUUUCAGGUCAUACAGACUCAUUAUAACUGUAAUCUUGACUUUCUUCAUCUGUUCAUUUCCAAACCGUGUUUGCUGGAUGUGGAUAGUAAGGGCAAAAAAUAAUAAUUGGACUCUCACUGAUCAAUUUAAGAUGCUAUUUGGUUUUACUCUCUACCUGGUUUAUCUCAACAUCAGUCUAAACCCAUUUCUCUACGUGUUCAUGUGUGAUGAUUAUAAGAAGAAGCUGAAACAGUCUCUGGUGCUGGUGCUGGAGACGGCGUUUGCUGAAGAUCAUCUGGACAUUAAAGAAAUGAGACAGACACGAAAUGAUAAACAGGCAGAACAAACCACACUUGAAUUGCUAGAAACGUAAAAACUUUUUUUG